AUGGGGAUCGAAGCUCCACCGGCAGCGGUCCCUGCCACGGUGCCACAGCCGGCUCAGACAGCCCAGCCGGAACCUCUGUCACUGGAGGCUCCGGAGCCGGAGUUGCCAAAGCCAGCGCUCGUUGGGAUGCCGAUCCCCUCGGAAGGUUUCCUUAGCUUCCACGCUCCUGUGGCGGAGAUCCUGGGUGAUCCCACCGUAGUGGAGAGAACUCCAAGCACACAGCAGCAGAUCAGACCGGUGGCCGCCGCGAAACCUCUGGAGCAGCCUCCAGAACCUCCAGUUGAGCCGCGCAGGUCUACUGCCGAGGAGAUGAUGGCAAGGUGCAUGGCCUUUGCCGAGGAGAAGGCCAAAGCGUCUUCUAAGACAGCGACGCUUCCGGAGUGGACCGAGCCUCCACCGCCACCUGAGGAGCCACCCGAGAUGGAGACGACGGAGCCUCCUCCGCGUCCACAGGAGCCCGCAGAGGCGGAGCCCGCACCGAUGCCACUGCCAAUGCCGGCAUCGAUACUUGAGCCGAAGCCCACACCGGCGGUUGUGCCGGCACGAAGCCGCACGACACCAGCGCCAAAACCUGACCCGGAGCCUUCGGCGGCGCUGCCGAAGGCCGUUCCGGUGUCUGCACCCACAGCAGCCGCAGCGCCUCCAGUGGUGGCCCCACGGGUUAAGCCGGCCGAGAAUGUGGAGCCCAGCCGAACGACAGCGACUGUAAAGCGGCCGGUCGUAGUGCCUCCUCCGUCGAAGCCUCCGGUGCAAUCCAAGGCCGCCAUGGCGCUGAAGCGCCAAAAAGGUGCACCGGACUUGACUCCGCCGCCGCCAUUGGCCUCGAAUAACACCUUGUUUGCGUCGUGGAUGCAGCAGAUGCACGCAGCACAGACCCGGCAAAACGCCGAGAUUGCCGCCGAGAAGGCCGAAGCUUCCCGUGGCUCAGAACCAACCAAAGAUCCGGAACAGGUGUCGGUUCCGGCCACAGAACCGCAGCCUGUGGAGGCUUCGGUGGAGCAAUGCGCGGAUGAUCCACAGCUGCUACCUGAUGAUUUCGAGCGGACGAAGCAGCUGCUCGCAGAAGAACUGGAGCUGGCAGUCUUGGCGGCGAAGGCUAAGGAGGCAGAGCAGCUUUCGCGGGGUCAGGAGGUCACCAAGGAUGAUGAUACAGAAGCCAGCCGCAGCCGCAGCCGAAGUGCGAAAGCCAGCAGGAGCCAGGACUCUGUGCCUGAACGUCAACAGAAGAUCCCGAUGAAGGUGCGUAGAAGCUCCUCAGAGAGUCGGUCUCGCAGCCGCUCGCGGAAGCCGAAGGCACGGUCCAAAAGCCGGCGGAGGCAUUCGCAGGAGUCAGAAGAUUCCCGGGACAGGGACCGGCACAAGUACCGGGACCGAGCCCGCUCCAGCCGGGACCGAGAGAAGUCUCGGGAGCGAGAACGACAAAGGGACAGGGGUCGCGAUCGCGACUCCCGGGAAAGGAGGAGAGAGAAGGACCGUGAGAAGGACCGGGACAGAAAUCGUGACAGGGACCGCGAGCGAGACCGGGAACGAGAACGAGAGCGCGAACGCGAACGAGAGCGCCAGCGUGAACGAGACCGUGAACGAGACCGGCGAGAUCGGGAAAGGCAGGACCGCGAUCGCUCAGAGGCUUCCAAGAAGCCCCGGCCCCGCGGAGAGCGCUCGCGAGAAAGAUCCCGGGAGCGAAGGGCGGAGACAUCCUUUUCUGACACAGGUCCUUGGAAGCCACCGGCUCUGCAGACACCUCCCUCCACGACCUCCUUCUCGUCUUCGGCUCCAGUGCCUCAGGUGGACGCCAAGGAUGCAGCCCAACCCAAGGCCGCGACCCUUCAACAGCUCAUGCAUGCAGCUCCUGCGCCGGCUCUUCCAAAGCAGAUGCCUCACCAGGAUUUGCCGCAGCAGUUUCAGACGACGGGCCACUGGUCCCGAGCCCAGGACGGGGAGCACGAAGCUUCGAUGCAGUUCAAGCCGCAAACAGCGGCCGUGGGCUGGCAACAAAGCUCAGAGGCUCCGCCGCAGGCUUCAGGUCCUUCUACAGUGGCUGCCAGGGCGGCAUUCCAGGAUACCUGGGAGUCGAGCUCUGCCUGGAAAGACAGCUCCCAGGAAAGUUGGGGCCAGAAGGGAUCUGCAGCUUGGAAGGAGACCUGGGAUGAGGCGGGUCCUUCUGCAUGGAAGGACAGCUCUCAGGAGACCUGGGACCAGGCGGGACCUUCUUCCUGGAACGAUGGCUCGAAGGAGAUGCCUCAGCAAGAUGCUGCUCCUGCGGCUGCCGUACCUCCCCGGUGGCCGCAGGGCACGCAGUUCGGCCAAAGCAUGCGGCCACCCGAACCGAAGUUGCCAUCGCUGCCUCCUCUGAACUUGGCUCCUGAGCUCGCAUCAGCCUCCGCCAAGGCACCGUCUCUGGUCCCACCACGUGUUGUGGCUCCGCCAUCCCGGCCCCAGGGAUCGGUCGUCCCUGGCAUGAGCAGACUACAACAGGUUCCAGCAGCCUUCCAGCAGGAGGUUCGGCCGGCCGAGACAGGCGGCUGGACCCGAGCCGGAUUUCGGCAGCUCUUCGGCGAUGCCCAGGACAAGGAGGAAGAGGAAGAGGAGUACGCUGCCCCCGCCGGCCGCUCCGAAAAAUGGCAGGACUGGUGGGGCAAUGACAAGGAGGAAAAGUGGGAGGAGCAGGACUGGUGGCAAAACGACCAGAAGGACAAGGAGGACUGGGGUUGGCAGAAGCAGGAUGACUGGCAUCAGGAAUGGCACGCUGGAUCCGAGGACCAGUGGCACUCGCAAGCGAAGGACACAUGGAACUCACAAGCGGAGGACGAGGAUGAGGGAGGAGACUGGCCGACCGCAGAGGAGACGCGUGUGCCCAGCCCCACCGGAAUGCCACGAAAUCUUCAGACCACUGCAAAGGCAAAGGCUCGGCCAAAAGCCCGCCCGCCGCACCCAGCUGCGACGGGACCUCGUCCCCCUGCCGGACCUCCACCCGCCGAAAUCCUGAACAAGCAGCGGGUGUUCAUGCCACCGAAGCCAAAGUUGCCGAGCAUGCCUCCACCCGGAGGACGACCGCCUGUUCCCAACAAAUGGGCCGCUCUCAACGAGGACGAGGAUGACGACGAAGAGCCGCCGCCAGCCACCGAAAAGGAGACCAGCGGCGGAUGGACUGAUGAGGAGUGGCGCGAAUGGAAAAAACAGCCGUGGAAGGACAAGCAUUGGAAGGAUGAGAAGUGGCAGGACGAUGACUGGAAGACUUCUUCUUCCUGGAAGGAGAAGUGGUGGGAAAAGGAUUGGGGUCGUGGGGAAGACGAAGAGGACGGAUCCGGCUCGGGCACAAGGCGCUGGAGCGAUGCGAAGGAGAAAGGCAAAGGCGGCACGAAUGGUCGCUGGGAGUGGCAGGAGGACGACUCACCAGAGCGAUGUGGCGACACAUGGGAGCAUUCUCGCGAGGAGACAGGCCUCCAGCUGAUUGGUGAGAUCGCACCGGAAGAUGCAGAAUGGGAGUACAUCCUCCUGGAUGAAUCGCGUCGCUCCUACGCGGCCUUCCUGCCGUGCCCCUUCGAUGAAGCUCAAUGCGCAAGCUUCUUCCAAAGAGUGAAGGAAGGAACGGAGUGGAAGCAACCCGAGAACGUUUUCGGAAAGCUGGUCCCGCGACAGACGGCUUGGAUGACGAAGAGAGGCUGCAAGUGCACCUACCGCUACGGAGGCAUCGAGGUCGAAGCCCAGGAGUUUCCUCCGUUCAUGAUGGAGCUCCUACGAGCUUCCAUGCACUACUGCGGCAUCACCAACGAAAGAGACUGGCCUGACUCCUGCAAUCUCAACUACUACGAGGACGGUGGAGCUUCCGUCGGCUGGCACGCAGACGACGAGUCUCUCUUCCAAGGGAAGCACCAGGAUAUCCGCAUCGUUUCACUCUCCUUUGGGCAAUCCCGGACCUUUGAGCUCCGCAGGAACUGGCCAGAGGGCGAUGAGCUGGGUGUGGAGAGGAUCGUGUUAAGCAAUGGCGACCUGAUGACCAUGGAAGGCAUGACGCAGAAGCACUUCCAGCACCGGGUGCCCAAAGAGCGCUGUGAAGGGCCGAGGAUAAAUCUCACGUGGAGAUGGGUCCGCAAGCAUCACCCCAAGUGUCCACUUGCUCGCAAUCGGCGAUAG